CCCUCGCCUAAGGAAUCCAUUGGCAGAAGCCCGGGAGGAAGCAUAGACUCUUGCUCCCUGACGUCCCCGGGAGCCAGGAUGGGGCAGCAGUUCAGCGGGGAGGAGGCAGAGAAGAACGGUGUGCUGGACGUGGCAGAGCUGCAGGAGUGGUACAGGAAGUUCCUGGAGGAGUGCCCCAGCGGCACGCUCUUCCUGCACGAGUUUAAGCGCUUCUUCAAGGUCGCGGGCAACGAGGAGGCCUCCCAGUAUGUAGAGGGCAUGUUCCGAGCUUUCGACAAGAACGGGGACGACACCAUCGACUUCCUGGAGUAUGUGGCAGCCCUGAACCUUGUGCUGAGGGGCACCCUGGAGCACAAGCUGAAGUGGACCUUCAAGAUCUAUGACAAGGACCGCAAUGGCUUCCUUGACCGCCUGGAGCUGCUGGACAUCGUGGAGUCCAUCUACAAGCUGAAGAAAGCCUGCAGGGUGGAGAUGGAGGCUGAGUGGCAAGGCAAGCUGCUCACACCUGAGGAGGUCGUGGACAGGAUCUUCCUUCUGGUGGAUGAGAACGGAGAUGGCCAGCUGUCCCUGAAUGAGUUCAUUGAAGGUGCCCGUCGUGACAAGUGGGUGAUGAAGAUGCUGCAGAUGGACGUGAAUCCCGGUAGCUGGAUCUCUCAGCAGAGGCGGAAAAGUGCCGUGUUCUGAGGGCUCCGGCGUCCUGGGAGCCCCUCCAAGACUCCAGGCUCACCAGGUUUCCAGAGCAGUGGGAGGGUCCCUGGCUCAGCCUGCUUAUGCCCACUCUCAUCCUGGCUUGGACUUCCCGGCAUCCCCUGUGCAGGGGGUGGGGCGGAGUGGGGAGGGGAGGGGCCGUUGGUCUCAAGUGGCCAACAGGACCCGGUCCAUUGGGAGGAUUCACAGGGUGGUGAAGGGAACAGGCUUCCUCUCCCCCUUCAGCUGCUCCUGGGAAAGCUAGGCCUUGGCUAGGUGGUUGUGGGGUUUCCACAAACUCCUACGUGGUUCAUAGCUGGAAGCAGGAAAAACUGAGGGGUAGGGGUUCCAUAGAUGAAAUUAGCAAUGAGAAUGCCUACAGUGUGAAACUGACUAGCAGAAGGGUGGGGCUGGCAGGUGUUGUUGACUCUGAAGAAAAGGUAGGAAUCGGGGAGAAGGGAUGGAUAAUAAUUACAUCACCCCAGGAUCCUGAGGAAUGUUCAUGGGAGGACUCUUGCCUCUUCCUCUCCAAGUUGUCCUUGCCAAGGGUGUCAGGAGGGAAACUUGCAACAAGUAAGGCCGUGGUCUUCCUGCCCUUGGAGGGGGUCAGCUGUGCUUAAAGGGGCUGUUUCAGCACUGCCCUGGUGCUGCUCCCCCAGCCCCUGCUGCCAACCCCUCCCAACCCUCCUCUCCCCCUCCCUACCCCUCAUCCCUCACACUCACCUCUCCAACCCCUGCCCCCAGAAUGGACCCUCCACAAUUCCCCAUCACAGGCCCACAAGCCAAAUGUGUCUCCUUAAAGGAUGGAGAAAACUUUACUCUGUCUCUGGAGAGAACUGGGGCCUGCCAACCUGGGUUCUAGGCCAGGCUUUGCCUCCAACUGCUGUGUGACCCAAGACGGCCAUUUCUUUUCCCUAACCUUGGUGUCUCAUCUGCACGGUGAGCAGGUUGGGCUAGACAAGCAGUUUUCAGAUUAUUAUUUUUUUAGAUGUGGAAUUCUUUUGGCCGCACUGCACAGCUUGUAGGAUCUUAGUUCCCUGACCGGGGAUUGAACCCAGGCCCUCGGCACUGAGAGCGUGGAGUCCUAACAACUGGACCGUGAGGGAAUUCUCUAGAUGUGGAAUUACUUUUGUUAUACAAACUCUAUGUGCAACCCCAGUACAUAAACUAGAUUAAAAGGCAGUCACUCUGGGGCUUCCCUGGUGGCGCAGUGGUUAAGAAUCCGCCUGCCAAUGAGGGGGACACGGGUUCGAGCCCUGGUCCGGGAAGAUCCCACAUGCCGUGGAGCAACUAAACCCGUGCACCACAACUACUGAGCCUGCGCUCUAGAGCUCACGAGCCACAACUACUGAGCCCACACGCCACAACUACUGAAGCCCACACGCCUAGAGCCUGUGCUCUGCAACAAGAGAAGCCACCGCAAUGAGAAGCCAGCACACUGCGACGAAGAGUAGUCCCCGCGACGAAGAGUAGUCCCCGCUUGCCGUAACGAGAGAAAGCCUGCGCGCAGCAACGAGAGAAAACCCGCACGCAGCAACGAAGAUCCAACGCAGCCGUAAAUAAAUAAAUAAAUUUAUUUAUUUAAAAAAGAAUCCGCCUGCCAAUGCAGGGGAUAUGGGUUCAAGCCUUGGUCCGGCGAGAUCCCACAUGCCGCGGGGCAACUAAGCCCGUGCGCCACAACUACUGAGCAGCGAAGAGUAGCCUCCUCUCGCUACAACUAGAGAAAGCCUGCACGCAGCAACGAAGACCCAACGCAGCCAAAAAUAAAUAAAUAAAAGGCAGUCACUCUGGUUGCAUGGGGUGCCGAGGAACUCAGAAAAGGAACUCAUGUGACUAGAUAUGUUUCUGUGUUGUAUGAAGAAUAAAACUAACUUGUAGAGCCUGUGAUUUCAUGGGCAUUAUAUUCACAUAAAGUUUCCUUUAGAAACAAAUGUAAGGUUAAAAAAAAAUAGUUGAUUAAAAAAUAAUAGUAAUCCAGCUGGGACACAGAUAUGCCCCAAAUCAUGAAGAUGGUAUGUGAAUGAGGUUGGGGAUAUGUCCCAGUUCUAUCCAAAUACCCCCCCAGCUUUGACCUCCAGGAUUUCCCAAGAGGCAGCCACCAAGAGAAGCAGCAAUGUCAACUCCCUUUUUUUCCAGGUUGCCCCAGGCAUUGAGCUCCACCUUCCCUCCAUGUCUGUGCUCAGGCUGGCGGCCCCUGGCUGACUUCCCAGUCUGAAGUGGUUCACGUGAUGGACAGGACGGUGUGAGCGAAACACAUCCUCUCCUCCCCGCCCAGGGGGCUCUCUGCAAGCUGGGGAUUUACCCCCGUUUCCGCUUGUUUGCUCUUUCCCACCCCUGGAUUUUUUUUUACUCCCUGAACUUCGCCCACACCCCACUGAAGCGAAGACUCAAAGUUCAGAAGGAAAGAGCAUCUUUGAAAAAAUGGUCAUAACUGCUCCAGCCUAUGUCUCUCCCCAGGUUCUUGGACAAGUGUUCCUAAAGUUGGGGUGUGCAAAGAAUGGGGAUAGAGCCCACCUAUAACAGACUGUUCCACUUUCCAACUGGCUGUCAGGUGUCACUGCAGCAAGAGGGAUUUAGGCUAGAUCAGGGAUGGUCAGGACACUUGCCAUAAACAAUUGAGUCAUAAUCCUGUGGGGAACCAUGUGGCCCCAUGUGCCACCGAGGGGCCAGCAGGGGAAGAACGAGGGUGUUGUGCAGUCACUUCUGAAUAAAUAUGGAUUUCCU